AUGAUCGUCAACCUGUUAGACUCAAAAGCAAGCCAAGGGGAGUUAGGAUGGAUUUCCUACCCAUCGCACGGGUGGGAGGAGAUCAGUGGGGUGGAUGAGCACUACACUCCUAUCAGGACCUUCCAGGUCUGCAAUGUGAUGGAGUACAGCCAGAACAACUGGCUUCGUACCAACUGGAUCCCUCGCCAGUCAGCCCAGAAGAUCUACGUGGAGCUGAAGUUCACCCUGAGGGACUGCAACUCCAUCCCGUUGGUCUUGGGCACCUGCAAGGAGACCUUCAACCUCCUCUACCUGGAGACAGACGACGACCAGGGCAGCCACUUCAGAGAGCAUCAGUUCUCUAAGAUUGACACCAUCGCCGCUGAUGAGAGUUUCACCCAAAUGGACCUCGGAGAUCGCAUUCUCAAGCUGAACACUGAGGUGCGCGAGGUGGGUCCCAUGACCAAGAAGGGCUUCUACCUGGCGUUCCAGGAUGUGGGCGCCUGUGUGGCUUUAGUUUCAGUGAGGGUUUACUUCAAGAAGUGCCCAUACACUGUGAGGAAUCUGGCUUCCUUCCCUGAUACAGUGCCAAUGGACUCCCAGUCGUUGGUGGAGGUCAAAGGUUCAUGUGUCAAUCACUCCAAAGAGGAGGAGCCCCCACGAAUGUACUGCAGCACAGAGGGGGAGUGGCUCGUGCCUAUUGGGAAGUGUCUAUGUAACCCGGGGUACGAGGAGAGAAGCAACACCUGCCAAAGUAAGAAAGCUCUUAUUUCAGUCUUACAUUUUAUUUCUCAGUUCUCUCAUACUUUCCUUGUCAUCCUUUCAUUCUGUCUGUUGACUACCUUUUUUAUUACGUAAUCUUUCAAAUUUUGGAACUGUAGCCUAAAAAAUCCAAUGUUUCUUUAAAAUACUGUGUGAUACAAUAGAAAGUUUGUCAAAGCCGCUAAGUGUGCGAAGUGUUUGAUGAGAAGGCUAUCACACUUCAUAUCUGUCAGCCCAGAACCUUUAAUGUCCAACCUUUGAGUGUACGUCUGUGUGUAUGUUUUUGUGCACAUGUGGAUUUUGUAUGUGUGAUGCCUUCAAAAGAACCCAAGAAUCCCAGAGUGUUGGUGGAUAGUUGUAUAUGUACAUUUCCAUGCAUGUGUGUAAUGUGUUAUCCAGGUCUUUGAGCCACAGGGUGCAGAGUGCAGUAGUCCAAUAGUAAUCUUCUCUGUGACACAUCAUCAGCUAUGGGAAGAUCUUAACCAGAGUAGCAAGGAUGGGACUGAUAACGCAGAAGAAAAGAGUGGGUUGGAGUGGAUGGUGAAUAAUGGAAUAUUUGCGGCGAUGGUUGCGGGUGUUGGUGGAGUCGUGAGUGGGUAGACAUUGGAGUCUGGAGAUACUCCAUCUCACCCCCAAAGUCGGUCGUCGUCUAGGAGGUGGUAUCUGUCUGGCUGACUGACUUUGCCUUUCAUUUUCAGACUCAUCAUCAUCAUGCAGAUUUUGCAAAGAUUUUAGUUUGAGGUUAUUCAAAAGAAUCAAAAUGUCACAGUGAUAAAAGUAACUGAAGAUGUUUUUGGCUCCUGAUGCUACAGAACUGGAGAGACAUAUUAUGUUUUCCAGAUGACUUCUUUAUUGAUUGUAAUUGUCCCUCGACUGUCCUUGUUUUUGUCCUGUCUUUUUUUUGUAGGAAGCAUUGUACAUUGUAUAUGUAAAAGCACAGGAUAUAUUUAAUUCCCACAGGAUCUUAUGUAAAAUAACAAUAGAAGUGGUAUAUACCUGCUCACUUUUUGCUCCACUGGUUUAUAUUUCUGUAUAUUUUAUCUGACCAUGCCAAGCAGAAAGCUGCUCACAGUGGCUUUGGCAAAAGAGAUAGACGCCCCAGCUGCAUGUGCCAUGAAACCCCACCUUCUCUUUGUUGUGACUGGUGUCUGUGGUCCAUGCUAUAGUAGAUGUGCUCCUCUCUUCUCACUUUCAGCAAGCUCCUCACUCUGCUUAAGAACCCAGACACAUCUGUUUGAAAGCAGCCACCUCUGCACUGCGGCUGUUCCACGAUGAUUGUAAAGUUAAAACAGUGUUGGAAGGUUGAAGAAAAAGCAGUAACCUAGUUAUUGUAGCUGGUCCUAAAUGCCCCCAUGUUCAUCAACUCUGUCCUCUCCAGAGCCAUGCCCAGUGUUAAUUAAAGAUCAAAGGCAGUCUCCCAGGUCAAGCCCCUGCUGUCAGGGUUAGGAAGCUCUUUUUCUGGGCCUGUGGUCUCUAGACGAGCCUGUCUCACCGCCCAGAUGCGAGGAGAAACUUUGUUGCAGCUGUCAGAUGAAAACCUUAUAUGUUAACAGACUGGGUGAGACAACAAAACAGGGAUUAGAAUGAGAUAUAAAUGUUC